AAUUUGACAUUUGACAACUUUUCAGCGAAAAUCCAAAAAUAAAUAAAUAAUUCCUUGUGCAGGAAAUUAUAAAUUUUAUUGUUAUAGAAAUAUACAUUUAAGUAUUUCUUUGCCCCUGUAAAAUUAGUUCGCUGUUCGUAUACAUUUAGAAGCAACAUGUCAGCUGCACCUACAGAUUGGCAGCUGGAAUGCACGGAGCUAAAGCAAAGAGGUGCUUACCUGUUACAAACAGGCCAGUGGUCUGACUGUAACUUUUUGGUGGGCACGGAGCCGAACCAGGUGGUCCUGGCGGGCCACAAGCUCAUCCUAGCAAUGGCGUCGCCUGUGUUCGAAGCCAUGUUCUACGGUGGGAUGGCGGAACGCAACGAGCCAAUACCCAUUGUUGAUGUACAGAUAGAUGCAUUCAAAGCUCUGUUAGAAUAUAUUUACACUGGCAACAUCAACAUAAGUUCAUUUGACAAAGCCUGUGAGCUGUGCUACGGUGCAAAGAAAUACAUGUUGCCACAUCUAGUAAAGGAGUGCACCAAAUAUCUCUGGUCAGAUCUAUAUCCCAGAAAUGCUUGUAGGGCUUAUGAAUUUGCACGAUUGUUUGAAGAAAAUGUGUUAAUGGAGAAAUGCCUUCAGAUAAUAAGUAUGAACACCAAAGAGGUGCUGAAUGACUGUAGUUUUGAAGAUGUGGAGAUAAAUACAGUAAUUACAGUCUUCUCCCUGGACCAUCUUAAUGUGGACAGUGAACUUGACUUAUUUGAAGCUGCAGUAAGAUAUGCAAAAACAUUAGAGAGGAGAACCCCCCUGCUCCCUGCUGCAGAUGACACUCCACCCCUGGAGAGACGUAAGAGCCCCACCCCCUCUACUUCACAAGAAAAGGAACAGGUAGUAAAUGUGGAGAGCAGUGCUGAAAGCAGCCCGGAGGCUGUGAUGGAGACCGGUCGGGAGCCCGAACACACGGCGACACCGCCUGAACCUGCCAAGAAGCCUGCCAGCGACAACAGAGAUAACAAAGAGAAGGUGACAAUCCGCAAGGCGGUGGAGAAGAUCCGCUUCCUCACGCUGUCGCCGCAGCAGUUCGCGUCGGGCCCGGCGCGCUCGCCGCUGCUCAGCGAGUCGGAGGCGUUCGCGGUGCUCAUGAACAUCCUGUCCUCCGUCACCGACGUGCCGCUGCCCGCCGGCUUCUCCACCAGCCGGGAGCCCAGGAAACAGCUGUUCGGUGGUGGCUCCUCGAGCAAUAUGCCGACAUUCACAGUGGACACGCCCAGCCCUGUGACGGUGGACCAGUGCGAGAUGUCGCGCCUGCCGCAGCCCUGCCUCGCCACCGUCUACCCUCGCCCCACCAGGACGGGACAGGAGGGUGUGCGCCUGUCGUCGUUCCACAACCCGCUGUCCGCGAGCACGGGCGCCGGCGCGAGCUGCGCGGAGCACGCCGAGCGGCACGGCGACCAGAACAAGAUCUACUGCCAGCGCGCCAUAGUGCAGCACACCGACUGCCUCAACACCAGCGGGCUGGACUGCUCCGUCACGUUCAUGGUGGACAAGAACAUCUGCCUGCUGGGCGUGCAGGUGCCCACGCAGGCGCCCAGCCUGGAGCACGGCGGCGGCACCGGCUCGGGGUACUCCGAGCUGCUGUACGCGCACCUGCUGGACGCGGACGGCGCGCGCCUCACCUACACGCACUACACCAACCGCGUGCCCUACCGCCACCUGCUCGACAUCAUGUUCAACCGGCCCGUCUACAUACAGCGCAACAAGGUGUACAAGGUGGGCAUAGUGUUCAACAAGGUGGGCUGGUACCCCAUGGGCUCGUGCGCGCAGCAGGUGGCCGCCGAGUCCGUGUUCUUCAACUUCGGCAUCGGCCACAGCAGCGACUCCGUGCGCGACGGCCUCAUACGCUCCAUCAUAUUCACCUUCUAGACCUCAUGACUUCUUUGAAACGAAUAAAAUGUCAGUAGGCAUUACAGUUUGGCUACUGAAAACACUGAAAUCGCCCAGAAAAUUGAAAAAAAAAAUUUAAACAGUAUAAACAAACGUGAGAAAACAUUACUAUAGUUUGGCAAGUUCGUUCGUAACACUCCCGAUGGACCGCGCGGGCCGGACUUCAUACCUACGCAGUCCUUCCCUCUGCACCGCGCGCAGUCCUUCCCGCCCCGUCGUAUGUAUAUGUACCUAUACAAAAAUUAAAUUCUUAAACUAUAUUCACACUGAGUUAAUUCCAAUAUUUGAAUAUCUCCCUCUAAUUUUUUUUUAUUUUGCCGGGCGAUUUCAUUCUCUACUUUCACUAGCCAAACUCUACCAAACUUAACAAAACUGUGUGGCGAUAUCCCACAGAUCCAAUAUGUAUCAGCUUGAAAUAGAGAUGAUGACAGUUUUUAAAUUGUACAUAAAUUAAGAGUAUGCUAAUAGUAAAGCAAUUUUGUAAAAGUAACAGGGUAUCUGCGAUCAUUACUUUCAGAGCUACAGGGAUAUAAAGGAUGCCGCGGAUCCCUGAAAAACGCUCCAUACAAAAUGGUACGAUUUAAUGACGUCGUUGGUUCGCUGAUUGUUUAUGUUUGUAUGGGCGUUCAAUCAAAAUUACCAAUAUCUUUGUUAAUUGUGUGUUUCUGUUUAUAGUUCACAUAUUGAAAAAGUAAUGUUUAAUGUAAGGAAACUACAAAUUUAUGAUUUUUUCAUCUAAUUACGAUAAAAGAAUUUAAGUAGAUUUGGAAAUUUUGUAAUCUUAUUUAUUUAUUUAGUCAAUCUAUUUUUUACAUAUUAAUUAGUUAGUAUCGUCCUUAUUUACCCGAAUGUCUCAUAAAAAUCAAUAUGUUCAAACCUAGUCAUCAUCCCCAUUGACAGUGACAACCUCUACAUCAUAAUAUUCAUGUAAUCCAUUUUCUAGACCAUUUUGGUCUAGAAAAUGGAUUACAUGCAAAAGCAAAACUAUUUUGAAUUUAUGCUGAAUAAAGAUGAAUUAUCAGAAAAGGAAGGGUUCAAAGACCCUAACUGGUGAAGACUUUGAACACUCAUUCAAUAUUUUAUAAAUUAAAUAAAUAAUGACUAUUAAUUUAUUUUUUAAGUGAAUUUAGGAUGAAUAAAAAUGUGUUGCUUUUAA